AAAUAAAUUUGAAUUUAAUAAUCACAUUAAAACUCUAUAUAUUCACAUCAACAACCUCAAUCAGUUCUCACAUCAAUCAACACCAAUCUCUCUUUUCUCCCUAAAUUCAACUUAUCUUCAAAAACUUAUUCAAAACCCGACAUAUCAAUGGCAGAAAAAAGCAAGAUCUUGAUCAUCGGAGGAACAGGAUACAUCGGAAAGUUUGUAACAGAGGCAAGCGCCAAAGAAGGUCAUCCAACUUUCAUUUUGACCAGAGAAAGCACAAUCAAACAUCCAGAAAAAUCGAAGCUUCUAGACAAUUUCAAGAGUCUUGGAGCCAAACUUGUUAUUGGCGAUCUUCAUGAUCAUGAAAGUUUGGUGAAGGCAAUAAAGGAAGUUGAUGUUGUGAUCUCAACAGUAGGUGGGGAAUCCGUUGCUGAUCAAGUCAAAAUCAUUGCAGCCAUUAAAGAAGCUGGAAAUGUCAAGAGAUUUUUGCCUUCGGAAUUCGGAACCGAUGUGGACCAUGUAACCGCGGUUGAACCAGCCAAGAGCAUCUUUAAAGGAAAAGCUGACAUUCGUAGAGCAGUUGAAGCCGCAGGAAUCCCACAUACUUUUGUAGCAUGCAAUGGUUUUGCGGGCUAUUUUCUACCCAACAUCGGCCAAAUGGACACCUAUACUGCCCCUAGGGAAAAAGUUACGAUCCUUGGAGAUGGAUCCGCGAAAGCUGUUUUUGUCAAAGAAGAUGAUAUAGCUUUGGCUACUAUCAAAGCAGUCGACGACCCACGUACCUUGAAUAAAAUAUUGAUUUUCAGACCUCCAGGCAACACAUUGUCGUUUAAUGAGAUUGUUUCCAUAUGGGAAAGCAAAAUUGGAAAGACCCUCGAGAAAACGUUCGUUCCCGAAGAGCAAAUUCUAAAAAAUAUCCAAGAGGCUCCGUUCGGAUUAAGCAUUAUGUUGUCUAUAUCACAUUCGGUUUUGGUGAAUGGAAGUGCAACUGACUUUGAGAUCGAACCUUCGUUUGGUGUGGAGGCCAGUGAGCUUUAUCCUGAUGUCAAGUUUACCUCGAUCGAUGAUUAUCUUACUCCAUUUGUUUAAAGUUUUUGUUUCAUUUAUCAUAAUAAUCAUCUUCCUUAUGUUUCGUGAUUGUCAUUACGAGAAUUAUAUGGUGUUGUUGGUUUUAUAUUUUUUUCACAACUCUUUGUCUUUGUAUUGUAAGUUUCAUGUAAUUCGCUCAUUUUUUGCUA